AUGCCGGCAGUUCUUCUAAGGCAAUAUCGAAACAAGACACCACCAGUGCUAUCUUUGGCACCGCGAGAAUCUUCCACAGACUGGAAUUCGUGGACAUCAGCGCAGCAAGGAGGAGUCCUCGCGGCUUCCCUGCUGCUCUUCCUCUUCUUCUUCGGCCUGGGUACUAUUCUCUGGCAACGCCGUCGCGAAAGGAAACGAAAGGAGAGACGGGCAUUAAAGUCAAGGAGUCGAGGAAGACGCCGCCAUUCGAGGAAGCGCUCCGGGCCAGACAGCACAUCUCCACCACGGAAGAAACGGAAGACAAAGCGUGUCAAACCCAAGCAAACGGAAGAAGAGACAGGGGAGGAUAAGUUUCUCAUGAAGGGGGCGGUGGAAACGCCUAAAAGGACGACCAGGGAGCAACAGCCGGCUGAGAACCAGGACACGCCGGACAGAGCGAACGAUGAGGCAGACCAGUUGGUGGAGGACAGGACGGCAAACACAUCACUCGACAGAGCCAACCUGCGGCUAAAGAGAAGAAGAGAGAGAAGACGCGAGGCCCGUCGUAGAGCGGCUUCGGGGUAUUCGUCUUCUGCCAGAGCAGCUCUCAGGGGCCGCUCGAACGCUGCCGCGAGGCCAAAGCAAGCGCCAGAAACACCAUAA